GAUGGGAUGUCUAUGUCUAUAUAUGUCUAAAUUUACUUUCCAAUUGAAGUCUUUAAAAACAUGAACAAGUUGAAAAGAAUCCUAAUCCUAAUAACAAAAUGAAUUCAUUAUCAUCCUACUACCAUCAAACAAUCUUACUUGCUCCUCCUCAUUCUUAUUCUUAUUAUUCACCAUCACAAUCCAAUCCCCAAUUCAUCACUUUCUCCAAAACCCCAUUUUGCAAUCCAACCCCAUUAAUCACAACCCGGGUUCCCGCCAAAAAGAAGAACCGCUCACCCGAACCCCUUCUCACUCCUUCAAUUGUUGAAGAAGUUUCAGAGGUUGAUGAAUUUGACGACGAAGAAUUCGAUGAUGAUGAGGGAUUUGAUGACGACGACGACGACUUCGAAGAUGAUUAUUUGGAUGAAGAUGCGGAACCUAGAUUUGGGGAUGGAGGUGGAGGUGGUGGCAUUUGUCUUGCGGGGACCGUGUGGGACAAAGAAGUUUUAACGAUUGCUGAAGAAGUUUCUUUAUCUUUCGACGGAGAGUUGGGAAUAUAUGCUUUUAAGACGUUACAAAAUUCCGCAAUUCGAGUGCGUAUCGAGAGGCUUUCAAACAAGUCAGGUUCUCCCACGAUGGAGGAUAUUGAAGCUUUUUCAAAUGCGUAUAGAGAGCGGUUAAAUCAGGCUGAGGCUGCUGGAUCUAUUCCUGUUGAUAUAUCACUUGAGGUAUCUUCACCUGGACUUGAAAGGGUAGUUAGGGUCCCACAAGAUCUUGGAAGGUUCAAAGAUCGACCCAUGUACGUAAAAUACACAACAAGAGAAGACGAUGCCUCGCCAUCAUGUGAGCAUGACGGUGUUCUGAGACUCGAAUCAUUUGACUUGGAAACAAAAUGUUGUACCUGGGGUAUGGCUGAUGUUAAGGUUAACCGAGAGAAGGCGGGGAAAGGAAGACCCCUUAACAAAAAACAAAGGGAGUGGCGGAUAACCACUCCCUUUGACUCUUUGCUUUUGGUUAGAAUCUAUGCGGAUUUUUGAAUUUAUACAAUCCGAAUCUUAAAUUGUUUUGUUUUGUUUUGUUUUGUUUCUUAUAUUAUAAAGGCGUUAUACGUGUUUUGAAAACCGAUAUAACAAUUAAGUUCUUAUUGUUUUCUAUUAGAAUACCGUAAACAUAUCACUUAUA